AUGCACGCCGCACGCUACGACGACGUUACCGAAUUUGUGGGAGAAUGGGGACAUUUUCAAAAACUGAUCAUGUUGCUCAUCUGUUUAAGCAUAGUUCCUAACGGGUUGACAAGUUUUUCCGUCGUAUUCCUUGCUGACACGCCUCCGCACCACUGCUUGAUACCCCCAAACGCCAAUAUUAGCGCCGAAUGGAGAAACUAUUCUAUUCCACUGGAAGAAGAUGAUGGGGAGAUGCGAUACAGCAAAUGCACCCGAUACAAACUGGACGUAAUAAAGCGUCUUUCAGACAACGGGUCCGUGCCUGGAAUCGACGUGAAUGUUCCUGAAAUAGAACAAGAAAGCUGUCAGGAUGGGUGGGAAUACGACAGAGACAUUUAUGUUUCCACUAUCGUGUCCGAGUGGGAUCUGGUGUGUACUGAUGCAUGGAAGGUCCCCAUUACCUCUUCUUUGUAUUUCUUUGGUGUGUUAACUGGAUGCUUCAUUUCUGGACAAUUGUCUGACAGGUUUGGGAGGAAAAUCAUUCUGUUUGCAACAAUGGCAGUUCAGACUUUGUUCGCAUUCUUCCAGACUUUCUCCACAUCCUGGCUAAUGUUCUCUGCACUUUUCUUUGUCGUUGGGAUGGGAGAAACUUCCAACUAUCUGAUAGCAUUUGUCUUAGGUACAGAAAUUUUGAGUCCAAGUACUCGGAUGGUAUUCUCCACUGUGGGGGUGUGCAUAUCUUUCUCCAUCGGCUACAUGAUGAUUCCGCUGAUGGCCUUCUUCAUCAGAGACUGGAGAAUGCUGCUAAUUGCCAUCAAUGUCCCAGGACUUUUCUGUUUCCUCCUUUGGAGGUUGAUCCCGGAGUCCCCUCGAUGGCUUCUCUCUCAGGGCCGGGUGGAGGAGGCAGAGGCCAUUUUGAGAGGUGCUGCCAAGAUGAAUGGAGUCACAGCCCCAGAGGUCAUCUUUCAGCCUCACCAGGUAGAAAACAAGAUGAAAAGCUGUAAACACUACAACAUCUGUGAUCUGGUGCAGUCCGUCAACAUCCGCUGGAUCACGAGCAUACUGAGCUUUGUGUGGGUGAUAGUUACCAUUGGGUACUUCGCCUUAUCAUUGAACACCUCCAAUCUGCACGGGGACCGCUUUUUAAACUUUUUCUUCUCUGCGGCUGUUGAAGUCCCAGCCUACAUUUUGUCCUGGCCCCUAUUUCGCUCUUGUCCAAGACGACUGUGUCUCUCUCCCAUGCUGGUCUUCGGUGGAGCGGUACUACUGGUCACACGGCUCAUACCAAGAGAUUUGAGUUCAGUAUGUACUGCACUGGAAAUGAUGGGAAAAUUUGGGGUGACGCUGGCUUUCACUAUCGUGUAUGCCUACACACCGGAGCUGUACCCCACCGUCCUGAGGAACACAGCGAUCGGCACCUGCUCCACGGCCGCUCGGCUGGGCAGCAUUGCUGCGCCCUACUUCGUCUAUCUGGGAACCUAUUACAAGUCCUUGCCAUACAUAUUAAUGGGGAGCCUCAGUGUUUUGGGGGGGUUGGUUAGCCUCCUGCUUCCUGAGACCUAUGGUAUGCCUCUCCCAGAGACCAUCAAUCACAUGCAGACUAUUCAAAGGUGUAAAAAGACACAAACAUCAAGUAAUUUAACCAGUGAUUCUCCAGUGUUGGAGAAUGACACAAUGAUUGGAUUGCAAUAAGAUAUUGAAAUUUAUGAUACUGUUAUCAGUGAUUUGAGGUCGGUAUCUACUGCACGGGAGACGACGGGGAGAUUUUGGAUCACACUGGUUUUCACCAUCUCACUACCCUACAUGGUGGAGCUGUACCCCACAGUCCUGAGGACCAUCGCAAUGGCCGCCUGCUCCACACCACAACAAUACGCUUUAGCAUGACCCACCUUGUAGCCCAGAAGAAAUACAAGCUGGCUGGUGCUAGAACAGUAACAGUUCAUUGACAUUAAUGAGAAAGACAAUCACUACAAAACCCUGUUCUUGGUCAAGCUCAUGAUUAUGGUCAUGUAGACCUAUUUCUUUUGUACUUAAAUCACUCAAAACCUGUUAUGGACAUUGUACAUGUACAUUGC